GAGGGAUGGGCGGCCGCUAAGAGACCUGGUAGCAGCCGUUCUCAAUGGAGGAUGUCAGGAGGGCAACAAAAGACACAAGUCCCCCUUGCCCAGAACGCAUAGUCUAGCUUAAGGGAAAGCUCUCCCAACUCCCAGAAUGGAUCACCAAGACGGAACAGUGGGAUAAUUGCAUUUCGCUUGCAGAAGGAGCUGCUGAUCGCAGUACGGGGAUGCAUUGGCCACUCUUUUGUUGCGCCAUUCGUUUGCUUUGAUUUAUUCUUUAAAGAGAAUAAAAAGGAGAAAAGAGGACGAGCGAGGCUGUAUCUGAAAACUCGGUGUUGGGCCAACCUGUGCUCGUAGUCAGCCAUUCUCCCCGCGCCUUGCUCGCAUUCAGCGGAGCGAUUCCCUCGUUUCUAAAAAAGAAGGGAUAGGGGGUGGGGAGGAAGGGGGUGUUUGCAAAGUACCGCAAAAGCAGGAUCUGUGCUUGCUAGUCGGAGGCAGCAGAAAGACGCUCGACGGCGAGAUAGCCAGGCGGCAUCAACGGGAUGAUAGUUGCACCUUUUUGUGCUUUUGUUGGUAUUCACGUUAAACGGAUUACAUUUGACUCGUAGUUCUGAGGAAUGUUCUACUCGGUGUUAUAUGCAUUAAGAAAAAAAAGUAUUUUUGCUGGCUUCGUGCUAAUGCAGUAAUUUAGCAUCAUUACGCAUCUUGGAAGGUGUUCAAGCUCUUUGCCAAUGAGGGACUAACUUUCAAUGGAGUAAUGUGAGCCAUCCUAGACAUUCAGUUUGGUAAAGCUGGGGAAAUUACUUUUUGGGGAUACAGUAUUUAAAAAUCAGUAUUAUUAGACAUGGCUUCUAGUUUCCUUCCCAAUGGAUCAUGGACAGAAAACGACAGUGAAGUGAAUGAGCUAUGUCGGAACCUGGAGCUCGGUACCGUCCUCACUUUGUUCCACGCGAAGAAGUCUCAGCGACCCGAACGGAGAACUUUCCAGGUGAAGCUGGAGACGCGGCAGAUAAUCUGGAGCCGCGCCAACGACAAGAUAGAGGGAGAGAUCGACAUUCGUGAGAUCAAAGAGAUCCGACCAGGCCGCAACUCCCGGGAUUUUGAGCGGUACAUUGAGGAUGUGUCAGUUCGGCCCGAGGUGUCCCACUGCUUUGUUGUCCUGUAUGGUACAGAGUUCCGCCUGAAAUCCCUCAGCCUUGCAGCUACUUCAGAUGAGGAAAUGAUGAUGUGGGUAAACGGCCUGAACUGGCUAGCAGGUGACACUCUGAAAGCCUCCACUCCUUUACAGAUUGAAAGGUGGUUAAGAAAACAGUUCUAUGCAGUUGAUCGGAGCAGAGAAGAGAGGAUUUCCUCUAAGGAUUUGAAAAACAUGCUUUGUCAAGUCAACUACAGAGUUCCAAAUAUGAAGUUUCUUCGUGAAAAAUUCACGGAUGUUGAACUGGGAAACGGGGACAUCACCUUUAGCCAGUUUGCUCUGCUGUAUCGCAGCCUAAUGUUUGAUGCACAAAGUUCUAUGGAGAUUCCUUUUUUGCAAAGGUGUGCUGAAAGGCCUGAUCAGUAUCGGAUCACCCUGGAGGAUUUCCAGACAUUUUUACUGAUGUAUCAGAAGGAAGAAACAUGGGCAACCAAACUGAAUAAGGUCCAGGAGUUCAUGUUCAGUUAUCUGAAAGAGCCUCUGAGAGAAAUUGAACAGCCCUACUUCAGUCAAGAUGAGUUCCUGACAUACCUGUUUUCUAAAGAGAAUACUAUAUGGGACUCAAAAUUUAACCAAGUGCGGGAAGAAGAUAUGAACAACCCCUUGUCUCACUACUGGAUUUCCUCUUCACACAACACGUACCUGACUGGGGACCAGUUCUCCAGUGAAUCAUCUUUGGAGGCCUAUGCCAGAUGUCUGCGGAUGGGAUGUCGUUGCAUUGAAUUGGACUGCUGGGAUGGCCCAGACGGAAUGCCAGUUAUCUAUCACGGACAUACACUCACGACCAAAAUUAAAUUCUGUGAUGUUCUUAGCACAAUUAAAGACCAUGCCUUUGUGACAUCUGAAUAUCCCGUCAUCCUUUCUAUUGAAGACCAUUGUAGCAUCGUCCAACAGAGGAACAUGGCCACAUAUUUCAGAAAGGUCUUUGGGGAAAUGCUGCUCACCAAACCAGUUGACAUAACAGCGGAUGGCCUUCCCUCACCUUUUCAGCUGAAACGGAAAAUCCUUAUCAAGCACAAGAAGCUGGCUGAAGGUAGUGCCUAUGAAGAGGUGUCCACCUCCACUCCUUACUCUGAAAAUGAUAUCAGCAAUUCCAUCAAAAAUGGUAUUCUGUAUUUGGAGGAUCCUAUCAACCAUGAAUGGAACCCACAUUUCUUUGUGCUGACUAGCCAUAAAAUUUACUUUUCGGAAGAGACAGCAAUGAACCGGAGUAAUGAAGAUGAAGAAGAGCAGAGAGAGACAGUAAAUGGGAUGGAUCAGCAUGUGACAGAGAAGUGGUUCCAUGGGAAGCUUGGUGCUGGACGUGAUGGACGCCAAAUUGCAGAGCGAUUGCUUUCAGAAUAUUGUUUAGAGACAGGAGCGCCAGACGGCUCUUUUCUUGUGAGGGAGAGUGAGACAUUUGUUGGAGACUACACACUCUCAUUCUGGCGAUCUGGCCGAGUGCAGCACUGUCGGAUCCAUUCGCGACAGGAGGCAGGAAGCCCCAAAUUCUACUUGACUGACAAUCUGGUGUUUGACACCCUCUACUCCCUCAUUAACCAUUAUCAGCAUGUACCUCUGCGCUGCAAUGAGUUUGAGAUGAGGCUAACAGAACCUGUCCCGCAGACCAACGCGCAUGAGAGCAAAGAGUGGUAUCAUGCAAAUUUGCCAAGAAACCAAGCAGAAAACAUGCUGAUGAGAGUUCCCCGAGACGGAGCUUUUCUAGUACGCAAACGGACCGAACCAAACACAUAUGCCAUCUCCUUUAGAGCGGAGGGAAAGAUUAAACACUGCCGUGUGAAACAGGAAGGCCAGAUUGUAACCCUGGGCAACUCUGAGUUUGAUAGUCUGGUGGAUCUCAUUAGUUACCAUGAGAAGCAUCCGCUGUACAGAAAAAUGAAACUGCGCUACCCGAUAAAUGAAGAGACGCUAGAGAAGAUUGGAACAGCAGAACCAGAUUAUGGCUCUUUGUAUGAAGGACGCCAUCCAGGAUUUUAUGUAGAAGUAAACGAAAUAGCCCCAUUUAAGUGUACAGUAAAGGCCUUGUAUGAAUACAAGGCUCAAAUGGAAGAUGAGCUUUCAUUUUGCAAAAAUGCUAUCAUCCAGAAUGUUGAGAAGCUAGAAGGAGGAUGGUGGAAGGGGGACUAUGGAGGAAAGAAGCAGCUCUUUUUCCCGGCCAAUUACGUGGAGGAGAUUAGUCCCACCGCAGUGGAACCUGAAAGACCUUCUCUGACUGAGAACAGCCCACUCGGCGAUCUCCUUGGGGGAAGUUUAGAUGUGCCUUCAUGUCAUGUCGCUGUUUAUGCAGAAGGAAAGGGAAAUCGUCCUUAUGUCUUUACGAUCAGCAUGGGAAUGAUGUCAAGAGGAGGACAGACGUUGGACAUUGCUGCUGACUCACAGGAAGAACUCCAUGACUGGGUGCUGAAGAUUCGUGAAGUUGCCCUGACUGCUGAUGCCCGACUAUCUGAAGGGAAAAUGAUGGAAAGAAGGAAGAAAAUUGCCCUGGAACUCUCAGACUUGGUCAUUUACUGUCGACCAGUACCUUUUGAUGAGGACAAAAUUGGCACAGAGCGAGCUUGCUACAGAGACAUGUCUUCUUUCCCUGAGACCAAAGCAGAGAAAUAUGUGAAUAAAAUCAAAGGCAAAAAAUUCUUGCAGUAUAACCGCCUUCAGCUCUCCCGCAUCUAUCCAAAGGGUCAACGGCUGGAUUCUUCCAAUUAUGACCCCCUACCCAUGUGGCUGUGUGGGAGCCAGUUGGUAGCUCUUAACUUCCAAACUCCAGACAAGCCGAUGCAAAUGAACCAAGCCUUGUUCAUGUUGAAUGGAAAAUGCGGCUAUGUCCUUCAACCAUCUAUAAUGCGGGAGGAGAGUUUUGACCCCUAUGACCGGACAUCUCUCAGAGGAGUGGAGCCUAUUACUGUCCAGAUUGAGGUUCUUGGAGCCCGGCACCUCCCCAAAAAUGGACGAGGCAUAGUCUGCCCACUUAUUGAAAUUGAAGUAUGUGGAGCUGAAUAUGACAAUGCCAAGCAAAAAACUGACACAGAAGCGGAUAAUGGUCUGAACCCCAUCUGGCCCAGAAAGCAGUAUCGCUUCACAGUUUAUAAUUCAGAGUUUUCUUUCCUGCGCUUUGUGGUGUAUGAGAUCGACAUUUUCAAUGACCAGAACUUCCUUGCACAAGCCACAUUUCCAAUAACUGGCCUAAAAACAGGUUUUAGAUCUGUACCUCUAAAGAACAGUUAUAAUGAAGACUUGGAGCUGGCAUGUCUGCUUGUACACCUGGAGAUUUUUAGUGGUGGGCAUGAGAAUGGGGAGUGUUUUAUCGGAGGGGGGUCUCAGUCUCUUCGGGAGUGGCCUGGAGCACCUACAACAAGUCAGGCAUAUCGAAGCCGAGACGGCUCCUUUGAAUCCCGCUACCAGCCCCAGAAUGAGGACUUGCGACUGUCCCAGGAGCAGCUACUUGAACUUGCAGACAGAGACAGAAGGAGAACCCUGUUUUACUGCCAUAAGCUGAUUCUGCCUUCUGGACUCCCUUAACUGCUUGUUUGUGUCAGGCUGGUGAUGGAGGUCACGACACAGGUCUGUAUCUUAAUCCAUGUGGAAAAAGAGCCUUGCUUAUGUCUCAUGAAAAGUGGUAGUUCAAUGUGAUGCUGGAGAGAAGUUAAAGGUGUUAAGAAUUUUGGUUUCAAAUUGUGUAUUCUCCCACAAUGCAGUUCCUCUACUUAUUAAAAAAAAAUAUAUAUAUAUAUAUCUUAACUGAGAUUUCAUAGCAGCAGAGUAAGACUUUGAUGUUCAGAAUGUCCAUUGGCAACCCCAAAUCCCGCUAACUGCUGCUGAAAUUUUGCACACGGGGCAUUAAAGCUGCUACAUGAUGAAGUGAAUAUGAAUGCAACAGAGUUUCAAUGACAAAACGAGUGAAUGACAGAGGCUGCGAGUCUGUAAUGAAGCAAAUAAUUAAAGGAACAGCUCAAAAGAAGGAAGGAGGGCAUGGGCAUUUGAAGAAGGACAAACCUGGUUGAAUGGGUUAUACAAGAAGUCAUUGUAUGGGACACCUUGCCUGCAGUCAUUGACUUCACCAUGCAGCAGCAGUUGCCAUCCGUCACGCAUUUGCUCUUUCACAUCUGCAUGACAAAUCAAUUCAGGCUACAGAAAAAGAGGAAGAGGAAACUGUGGAAGUGAGAAGGAGAGACAGGACAGUGGCAUGCAAAAGUCUGGGCACCGUUGCUUAAAAUGUCUGUUUCUGCGAAUAGUUAAGUGAGCCGAAGAUGAACUGAUCACCAAAAGGCAUAAAGUUAAAGAUGACACAUUUCUUUAAUAUUUUAAUCAAGAUUACAUCUUUAUUUCCUUCAUUCACAAGUAUAAAAUACCAAAAAAAAUGAAAAGAGCAUGAAGCAAAAGUUUGGGCACCCAACAUGGUCAGUACUUAGUAACACCCACUUGGGCAAGUAAACAGCUAAGAGUCUUUCAAAUCUCACUUGGGGUAUUUUUGCCCAUUCAACCUUGCAAAAGGCUUCUCAUUCUGCCAGAUUCUUGGGCCGCCUUGCAUGCACUGCUCUUUUGAGACCUAUUCACUGAUUUUCAAUGUUGUUUAGGUCGGGGGGACUAUAAGGGCCAUAGUAAAAAUGUCAGCUUGCGCCUCUUGAGGUAUUCCAUUGUAGAUUUUGAGGUGUGUUUCAGAUCAUUAUCUUGUUGUUGGACCCAUUCUUUUUUAACUUUAACUUUUUAUGGUGUGAUAUUUGCUUCAAGAAUUUGCUGGUAUUUCUUUGAAUCCAUUCUACCUCUACCAAUGACAAGUUCCCUGCGCCACUGUAACACAAGCACAAAGUAUGGUCAAUCCAACCUGAUGGUUAAUAGAUAGAAGGGUGUUCUUUUCAAGGAAGUCAGCACACUUUUUUUCUCCAAACAUACCUCUAUUUUGACUUCAUAAGUCCACAGGACUUGCUUCCAGAUUACUUGUUUAGAUGUUCAUUUUCAAACUUCAGGCUCUGAAUUUUGUGGCUGGGAUGCAGGAAAGGUUUUCUUCUGCUGGCUGUACCAUGAUGAUCGUAUGUGUUCAGGUGUUGCUGCACAGUAGAACAGUGCCCCACCAAUCCAGAGUUUGCUUAAUGUUCCUUUUGUUCUUUUGUAGUCAAAUGGCGGUUUUUAGUUGCCUUCCUAGCAAUCCAAAAACCAGUCUUACAGAAAGUUUUCUCGAUCUUCCAGACCUCUAUCAACGGAGCAGUGUACCCAUGCAUAGGCCUUCGGGCUAAUAUCCCCUACCCUAAUCUUGACCUCCACCAUUCCUGUUAAUAAAAUUACAAACUGAAGAAAUCGAUACCUGAAAACACUUAGCUAUCUUUUUGUAGCCUUCUCCUGCUUUGUGAACGUUGAUUAUUUUAUUUUUCAGAGUGCUAGGCAGCUGCAUAAAGGAGCUUAUGGCUGCUGUUUGUUGGGUCAAGGUGUGAGGAGUCGGAAAAUUUAUAGAGUUGUGCAAUUUGCAUCACCUGGGGUUUCCUAAUAAUGACUGUGAAUAAACUGGAGCCCUAAUGAGCUAAAGUGUGAGAGCUUGGGAAAAGUUAUCGGGGACCUCAGAUACCUUGGGUUGCCCAAAUCUGCAUGGUGCUCCUUUUCUUUUUUUAUUUUACAACUGUACACAACAAAAAACAAUCCACUAAAUCUUGCUGAAAAGAAAUGUGUCAUCUUUGGUGAUCACUUAACUAUUCACAGUAAGACUAUUUAAGCCCAAACUCUGUGUGGUCAGGCAGGCGGUCAUCCCCGAGUGGGACUGAUGGCGCCCUUGUCUCUAAAGCGGGUACAACACUGUGUUCUAGGCUGAGGUGGCUUCACACAAGCAGACACGAAUGAUGGACGUUUUCCUUUGUUAACAUCCUCUUAACGGUAAUGAAAUGAUUCACUGGAAAAGACAUAGCUUAGGAUUAGUAGACAUCUUGCUACAGAUGGAAAAAAUAAAAAAACCUGAUCCUUCUGUUGUUUUUCU